AGAAAUUAUUGAAACAUACUGUGCUAUAUAUAUAUAUAUAUGCAAUACAAAACUGUGCACUUCAAUAUGCAAUAAAAGUAAUAUGCAACACUUUGAACUUCAAUAUGCAAUAUAAAUAAUUAGAGGUGAGAUCAUAUACAAACUAGUUCUCCCAUGCCAACCUACAAACUAUCACAAACUAUGUAUCUUUACAUUAUUGAUCCAAAAAAGGUGGAAUCUCCCACCCCAGGAGCCCCCACCCUGACCUGACAGGAUGGUGGGGACUGGGGAGGUUAGUCACGGUAACUCAGUCAGCAGAAUGGCAGUAGGCCCAUACAAUCGUGCGCACAAGAGGCACAAUCUUAUUUCAGGUUCUGUGAUCUCCAUCCGGUCGCUGUGGGGAAUCGAACCUUGGUUCAUUGAUACAAAUCUCUCACCACUCGACCAACUGAGCUACCUGUGUGGGUUGCAUCUUUAUAUUAUUUGUAUUGCAUAUUGAAGUUCAAAGUGUUGCAUAUUAUUUGCAUUGCAUAUUGAAGUUCAAAGUGUUGCAUAUUAUUUGUAUUGCAUAUAUAUAUAUAUAUAUAUAUAUAUAUAUAUAUAUAGAGAGAGAGAGAGAUAGAGAGAGAGAGAGAGAGAGAGUCCCAUUCUGAUGCGUUCGUCCGUAGGAGAAGCGUUGUCCGACCGACGGCGUUUGGUCGCCUUCCUGGUAGAGUUUUUUGAUGAAAUUUUUAUGGCAUGUUCUUCAUCAAGUCUAGUUUAUCCACAAAAAAUUCAGCUAAAAAAUUAACCCAGAAGGUCGUCAAAUGAUUUUUUGAAGUUAAAUGCGCACAAUUAUAAAUAGAAAAACGCAGCUAACUUCAAAAAAUCAUUUGACGACCUUUCGGAUUGAGUUUUUAGCUGAUUUUUUGUGUGGAUAAACUAGACUUGAUGAAGAACAUGGCAUAAAAAUUUCAUCAAAAAAUGCCACCGGUCUGGUCUGGGAGGAAUUAUAGUCUGGUCUGGUCUAGUUUCUUUGUAUUUUUAUAACUAUCCAAGUCUGAUCUGGUAUGGGAGGAAUUAUAGUUCAAGUAAAAACAUCCUUAGUAAUAUUAAAAAGGUAAGUAGAAGUAAAUUACCAUAUUAGAGAUAGUAAAUGAAAGUGGUCCUUAAAAAAUACUCCGGAUGUAGUAUUUGAGAGAAUGUGAAAUUAGGCUUUCCUUUCCUAAGUUAAAUCACAUGUAUUAAUUUCAUUGUAGGUUACAAAAAGUUGACAUAAAAGGAUGAUACAAAAAUGGCCUUGGAUUUUCUCAUCACAUCAUCUCAACGAAUGUGUGUUUUGGAUGAUUGAGAUUUGUUCUCACUUCUAACUAGGAAACGCCAUUUGGGUCCAAGGUUCCGCUUCCUAAACGUCCCGGAAACGGGAAACGUCCGGAAACGCGAGGAAACGCCCACGAAAUGCCGACCCACGUUUCUGCCCAUUUUUGGGUCGGGUAUGGAUCUGGAAACGUUGAGGAAACGCCAAUUAAGCCCAUAGAAACGUUUCCGGCCCAAAUUUUAAAAAAAAUAUCCAGCGGCCUAACCUUAAUCACGAUUCGCCCUUCGUCCAGUUCGCCCUUCAUCUCGCUUCUAGCCAGCUGUCCUUCGCUGUUCGCCGAUUUCAUCCGCCAGCUGUCCUUCGCCAGUUCGUCGUUCGCCGAUUUCAUCCGCCAGCUGUCCUUCGCCGUUCGCCGAUUUCAUCCGCCAGCUGACAGCCCGCCAGCCUUCGCCGAUUGCAGCUGCCAGCCCGCCAGGUAAUCGGCUAAUCGCCCUUCACCCUUCUUCUAUUGCAGUUGUCAGCUCACUCGGCUGUAGUAAAGCUUAGCUAAUAAAGUGAAUAAAGUGAUUUGCUUUUCUUUUUUUUGGCUUUUGUUUUGUUCGGUCAAUAACAUGUUUAGUGUGCUUUUGUUUUGUUCAGUAAAUAAAAUGUUUACUGUACUUUUUUCAGUCCAUAAAGGCUUUAGUAAAAGUAUAAAGUGUAGUAAAUAAAGUGAUCUUUAUUGUGCUUUUUUCAGACCAUUACUUUACCAAUAAAAUGUAGUUGUAAAAAAAUUAUUUUCUCUUCAUUUUUUAGAUAAGCUCUAUGGAUGUAUCUGGUUCUUCUAAUGGACCUAAUGGUAACGGGAGUGUAACUGGGAGCACAUUCAUCAUCGGGUGUUGAUAAUACACCUUUAUGGAAUUAUGUUACUAAACUAGGUAAAAGUGCUGAUACGGGGGGUACUUGGAGGUUUCAGUGUAACUUUUGUAAUGAAGUUAAACAAGGAUCUUAUUCGAGGGUAAGGGCACACUUGCUUCAAAUUUCAAACAAAGGAAUUGCCGUAUGUAAAAAGGUUCAAUCCAAUGAUCUACGUGAAAUGAAAAAAUUGGAAGAGGAAGUUGAGAAUAAAAGAAAAGAUGCUGCCCCUAAAGAUAUUCCUUUACCUUCCGGAGGAACACAAAUGGAUUGGACGAGUAACAUUAGUUUUUCUAAUAAAAGAAAAUCUAGCAUGGGCCCUUUGGAAAAAGCAUUUGAUGUAGAUGGUAGAGCCAAACUGGAUGAAGAAAUUGCUAGAAUGUUUUUCACAGGAGGGUUUCCAUUUAAUCUUACUCGAAAUCCAUAUUAUGUGAGAGCUUUUUCUUUUGCUGCAAAUCACAAUUUGUCAGGUUAUGUGCCACCUGGUUAUAAUAAAUUGAGGACCACUUUGUUACAACAAGAGAAGGCUAAUGUUGAGAGGUUAUUACAACCACUCAAAGCUACUUGGCGGGAAAGAUGUGUGACAAUUGUGAGUGAUGGUUGGAGUGGUCCUCAGAGGAGACCGAUAAUUAAUUUCAUGGCAACUUCUGGAAGCGGUCCUAUGUUUCUUAAAGCUGUUAAUUGCAUGAGUGAAGUGAACUCGAAAGAAUUUAUUGCUAAUCUAAUGAAAGAAGUUAUUGAUGAGAUAGACCAUCAAAAUGUGGUUCAGGUUAUCACCGACAAUGCUUCAAAUUGCAAGGGAGCGGGAGAAAUGAUUGAAGGUGUGUAUCCACACAUUUAUUGGACACCAUGUGUUGUGCAUACCUUAAAUCUUGCUUUAAAAAAUAUUUGUGCUGCAAAAAAUGUGGACAACAACAUAGAAGUAUAUGAUGAAUGUCAUUGGAUCACUGAAAUUCAUGGUGAUGCGGUUCACAUAAAGAAUUUCAUCAUGAAUCAUACGAUGAGGUUGUCCAUGUUUAACAAAUUCGUGUCCCUCAAAUUACUUUCUGUUGCUGACACCCGAUUUGUUUCGAUUAUUGUGAUGCUUAAGAGAUUUAAGCUUAUUAGACGUGGUCUUGAAACUAUGGUGUUGAGUGAUGAGUGGGCUUUCUAUCGAGAGGAUGACACAGGUAAAGCAAGGUUUGUGAGAGACAAAGUUUUGAGUGAGUACUGGUGGGAUCAAUUAAAUUACAUUCUUGCUUUCUCAGAUCCCAUUUAUAGUAUGAUUCGAGCAUGUGAUACAGAUAAGUCAUGUCUUCAUUUGGUGUAUGAGAUGUGGGAUUCAAUGAUUGAAAAAGUCAAAAUCCAAAUCUAUAAGCAUGAGGAAAAAUCUCUUGAUUCAUAUAGUGCGUUCUUCAACGUAAUAUAUGAUAUUCUUGUGGCACGUUGGGGAAAGAGUUCAACACCAAUUCAUUGUUUAGCUCAUUCAUUAAAUCCAAGGUAUUACAUAAAUUCUUCUAAUUAUUUAUUUCAAUUAUUUAAUUUCAUUUUUAUACUUUACAAUGUAUUUUUGUGUUAUUAGAUUUUAUAGUGAAGUUUGGCUUGAUGAGGAUCCCGCCCGAGUCCCUCCUCAUAGAGAUGGUGAAAUCUCUCAAGAGAGGAUGAAAUGUUUUCGAAGGUUCUAUCCAAACGCUGAGGAUUAUGACAAGGUUUUGAAUGAAUUGACUUCCUUUUCACUUAAGACAGGGGCUUUUGCAGAUAUUACAUCUCUUUCAAAGAUGGGAAACACGGAUCCAAAAAAUUGGUGGGCAAACUUUGGUGCUCAAACACCAAUCCUUCAAUCACUUGCUUUUAGAGUGCUUGGUCAACCUACUUCUUCAUCUUCUUGUGAACGUAAUUGGAGCAUGCACUCAUUUAUUCAUUCACUUAGAAGGAAUAAAUUAACUCCUAAACGUGCAAAGGAUUUGGUGUUUGUGCACAACAACCUUCGCCUCUUGUCUCGGAGUUCUGAGCAAUAUACAGAUGAGAAAACUAAGAUGUGGGACGUUGGAGGAGAUGAAUUUGACAAUCUUGAAGAAAUGGGAUAUCUAAAAUUUGCUAAUUUGUAAUUAGAUGAGCCUGAACUGGAGAUUGUGUUUAUUACCGAAUGAAUUAUUUACUUUUGUCCUUUUUAUUUAUUAUUCAUACAAUGGAUUACAAACAAUGUUGGUGUUUGGUUAAUUUAUUUCCUAAUUAAUGCAUGUAAACGUGACCUAUUUUAAUAGUCAUCUAGUUUUAUUACUAA